AUGCACUUAAUUUGGUCUUGCCCAGCUGCUAAGGACGUGUGGUUAGAAAAUGGAAAGGGGAUCCAAAAAUGCUCUAGCGAUGAAGUUGAUUUCAUCAACAUUGUGGGAAGGCUUAUGGAACGGCUGAAAAAAGAGGAAAUACAACGAGUGGCAUUUGUAGCAAGACAAGUCUGGUUGAGAAGAAAUAAAUAUGUAUUCGGCGAAGACUUGCUCUCUCCAGCUAAAGUUAAUAAAAUUGCCACAGAACAGCUGGAGCUGUUCCAGUCCGUGGAUCAACGGCCAACUAGGAGCAGUUUCAGAAUAGGAGCACGAGCAAUCACGAGAUGGGAGAAACCACGUCAUGGAUGGAUUAAGGUUAACUGGGAUGCAUCCAUCGACAAAGCUGGGAAGAGGAUGGGAGUGGGUAUCCUGGCUCGUGACCAUGAAGGACGUAUUAUUGUGGCAAUGUGCGCGAUGAAGCCAGACUUAACAGAUCCUGCUGUUGCUGAGGCGGCAGGUGCUUGGUUAGCGGUUGAGUUGAGCCAUCAGUCUGGUUUCUCACAUGUAGUGUUGGAAGGCGACUCUUUGGAGAUCGUGCAGUGGUUGAGGAAAGAUGGAGUGUGCAGGAGCAGAUGUGGCCUUCUAAUAAAUGAGACAAAACUUCUUCUCCAAGAUAUACAAAGGUGGGAGGUUCAUCAUGUGAAGCGAAAAGGCAACGCAGAGGCGCAUAAGCUAGCAAGAUUGGCACUAUCCAUAGGAGAGGACCGCUUAUGA